AACACUCCUCCCACGUGACCAAACCUAUCCGCGCCCCCUCUCCAACACUGAUAGCUAUUUCACAUCAACAAUGAGUAUCCACGUUAAUUAUAAUGACAUUCUCGCAGUUAUUUCCACGUGGAACCGUAGAAAUACUUGUUUUUAAUCCCGAACGCCUCACCGUAUCGGAGCUCCUAACAUAGACCACUACUUGCCACUGGGUAUCAGCGCCUUCAAGUGAAGAAAACAACCAACCACAACAAUAAAGAUUGAAGCGAGGAUUGUCUGCUAUGGCUGGUGGAAGGAGAGGAGCAAACCGCACCGCUUACUGUAGGUCACCACUGAACAGUGAGCCAGGCUCCGUGAGCAAUGGCAAUCAUUCCACGAGUUCUCCUGUAACGGGGGUGCGUUCACGAACAAGGAACGGCUCUGGAGCGGGCAUGUCCAGCCCCCCCCUGGCGACCCAAACCGUGGUGCCGCUGAAGCACUGCAAGAUCCCCGAGCUGUCGCUGGACCGCAAUGUGCUCUUCGAGCUCCACCUGUUCUUCUGCCACCUGGUCGCCCUGUUCGUCCACUACGUCAACAUCUACAAGACGGUGUGGUGGUACCCUCCCUCACAUCCCCCCUCCCACACCUCGCUGAACUUUCACCUUAUUGACUAUAAUAUGCUGGUGUUCACAAUCAUAAUACUGGCACGGAGGUUAAUUGCAGCGAUUGUGAAAGAGGCGUCACAGAGUGGGAAGCUCUCCUUCCCUCACUCCAUUUUCUUGGUGAUGGCACGCUUCGCCGUGCUCACUCUGACGGGCUGGAGCCUGUGUCGGUCCCUCAUAUACCUCUUCAGGACCUACUCGGUCCUCAGCCUGCUCUUUCUCUGCUACCCUUUUGGGAUGUACAUUCCUUUUUUCCGGCUGACCUGUGACUUCCGGCGCGGGGGACCUCUCUCGCCCAUAGCCAGCAUCGGCUCCAAGGAGGUGGGCAGCGUGGGCAAGGGCAGGGACUACCUUACGGUGCUCAAGGAGACCUGGAAGCAGCACACCAGCCAGCUGUACGGCGUCCAGGCCAUGCCCACCCACGCCUGCUGCCUCUCGCCGGACCUCAUCCGCAAGGAGGUGGAGUACCUGAAGAUGGACUUUAACUGGCGCAUGAAGGAGGUGCUGGUCAGCUCCAUGCUCAGUGCCUACUACGUGGCCUUCGUGCCCGUCUGGUUUGUCAAGAGUACCCAGUACGUAGACAAGCGCUGGUCCUGUGAGCUCUUCAUCCUGGUGUCCGUCAGCACGUCCGUCAUCCUCAUGAGACACCUGCUGCCGCCGCGCUACUGUGACCUGCUCCACAAAGCCGCCGCCCACCUGGGCUGCUGGCAGAAAGUAGACCCCUCGCUCUGCUCCAACGUCCUGCAGCACAUAUGGACGGUGGAGUACAUGUGGCCCCAGGGCGUGUUGGUGAAACACAAUAAGAACGUCUACAAGGCCAUGGGUCACUACAACGUGGCGGUGCCCUCCGACGUGUCCCACUACCGCUUCUACUUCUUCUUCAACAAGCCACUGAGGAUACUGAACAUGCUCAUCAUACUGGAGGGUGCCAUGAUAUUCUACCAACUGUACUCGUUAAUAUGCUCAGAAAAGUGGCAUCAGACGAUAUCGCUGGCCCUGAUUCUCUUCAGCAACUACUACGCCUUCUUCAAACUGCUCAGAGACAGAAUAGUGCUCGGCAAAGCGUACUCGUACUCAAACAGUUCUUCUGACCAGAAGGUCAGUUAGAAGCAGUUAAAUUAUUGUGUUGCACAUUUUACCAUUGGUGUAAGAGAAACAUACAUGAGAGCUUUGUAUCUUUUCUACAACUGCAUUUUGUGUCACUGUUCGGGUUAUGUUCUGAUCUGCCAUAAUAAAAAGAAAAUAUUUUUGUAUUACUUUAA